CCACGCCGGCAGGAAGACGCACAUUGGAGGACCACAUCCAGAUAACCGCGAUAUGCUCCAAACAAAACCAACAAUAUUACAGUUAAAACUCUAACUAACGCCAAUGAGUUAAUAGACAGUGCAGCUGAAGAAGACAAAGAUGUGAAGAUGAGUGAUACAAGCAAAAAGAAACCGUGUGCUACAGACAAUUGCUGCAAAAAACUUUCUGUUUUCGCGUGUGCGUGUGCGCUGUUCUCGCUAGUCGUUCAAGCAGUUAACUAUGUAGAAGUAGACUUAAAUAAGUGUGCUGAUGAAGACACCAGGAGAUUAGUUGAGAAAGCUGUAGAAGAGAAAUUUAAGGAGAAGUUCGAGGAGCACCUUUCGGAUGUUACAGGGUUCACAUCACAUAGGAUUAAAAGAGAAGCCAUGCUCAAACCGUCACCAAUCCAAGAAGACAACACAGUGGCUCCACACGUGGAGUUCUUCAACCCCAAAAUGCAGGCGGAACUAGAAGAGAAGGACGCAGCAGAAAUGAAGAGGACCGGAGCCAAGGGCCCAGCCCCUGGAGGUGACACGUGGGUCUGGCUGACCAGCUACUCCAGGGUCCCGUACAAAGUCGUGCAAGGUUUCUGCAAAGCGACACAAGACUACUGCCCCCCAGGAGUCCAAGGCCCUAAGGGCCCCAGCGGUGCGCCAGGCCCUAAAGGCGACAGAGGCGACCCGGGGGCACCAGGAACGCCGGGACAUUCGGGAGGACGAGGACCAUUGGGACCUCCCGGACCAAAAGGUGAACGCGGAUUCCCCGGUAACCCGGGUUUAGACGGGCGGGACGGGGUGCCCGGCGAACCGGGUCUGGACGGCAUGUCCGGACGAAACGGCGCUGAUGGAGCGCCGGGCAAGGACGGACGCGACGGCACCCCAGGAAAGGAUGGCAGCCCUGGGAAGAAUGGAAAAGACGGCAAAGAUGGUAGAGCAGGGGCCCCCGGCCCGUCCGGCAUCCGAGGCCCCAAAGGCGACCGAGGCCCCAUCGGACCCAAGGGCCAGAGGGGCAAUGACGGCCGAGACGGGGCCGCGGGGAGGCCAGGGCUAUCCAUAUACAACUACACCAAGGAAAAGGAACUACUCAUACCGCCUACAUUUGCUCAGGACCACACGAGAGUGAUCGUCCGCGAGAGUGACACCCUCCGCAUCAGCUGCAACCCUACAGGGCGGCCAGAGCCGGCGGUGGAGUGGCGGCGAUCUGACGGGACUGCUGUCAUCCAGGGGUCCUGGCGAGACGCGUCGGUCAGCGGCCAUUUGCUGAACAUCCCGAACGUGUCCCGCUGGCACACGGGCAAGUACGUGUGCCUCGCCAACAAUGGCAUGCUGCCCUCCGCCAACCAGACCACCGACGUGGAGGUCCAUUUUAGUCCGUACAUCCGAGUGCCAAACAAUGUCGUCUACGUCUACAAUAAAACUGCCAAGUUUGAGUGUGAGGUACAAGCCUGGCCAGAACCGGUCCUCGCGUGGGAAUGCGACGGAAUCACACUUGAGGGUCCCCGCUACCGGACUGAGGUGGUCACAACGGCAGACCCUUGGCGGUGGAUCAUGAGGCUGGAAGUGCCCGGGAUCAGGGACCACGACUUGCGGCAGUACAGCUGCGUGGCCAAGAAUGAGUUGAAUAACCAGACUGUGAAAGGGCAUAUCAAGCUGUUGUAUCCCGGCCCCAACCACCAGAUGACGGUACAGCAGCCGAUGGAGUUCGGCUCCAGGCCUCCGGUGCUGACCUCUUACGAGGAGUUGUGCCACGUGCAGAGGUGUCCCUCGUGUCCAAGAUGUGAUCGAGCACAGCUGCUGAUAUCCACCAUGAAUGCUACUGCCGGAAUUAAGCCCAGGAGGAAUACGAACUGUCAACUCUACGCAAUUGGCAAACCAGUCUACCACCGUUACAAAGACGAGCUAUUUGGGGCUUGGCUGAGAGACUCUAAUGCCAGUGAAGCUCAGAGAGAUAAGUUAUGGACAACUCAAGAAAAUGACAUUGAGAGGCUCCGGGAAUACAGGACUAAAGCCAGCUUCAAGGCUGAUCACGUGGAUGAGUUCCAUAAACUACAAAAACCUUUCUUUGGCAAUGGACACAUCGUAUACAGCGGGUCGUUCUUCUACCAAGCCAACGAGUCCGGACAACCGGGCGAGAUCAUCCGGUACGACCUGACGCAGAGCCGGAUCAAGUCUGUGCACCUGCCCCACGCGGCUGGCAGGCUGUACUCUGCUCAACACAACCAGGUCGACUUCAGUGCAGAUGACAACGGUCUUUGGGCCAUUUAUUCGAUCGAGAACUCCAAUAACACUGCCGUUGCUAAGCUUAGCUUUGAUCCCAACAAGGAAGGGCUGAAUAUCGACUACAUCUGGAACAUAUCGUUGAACCACAAGCAGGUUGGAGAGAUGUUCAUAGUCUGUGGGGUGUUAUAUGCCCUGGACUCGGCCACAGAAAGAGAGAGCAAAGUGACAAUAGCUAUAGACCUAUACCUGAUGAAGCAGGUGGAGGUGUCGCUGCAGUUCACCAAUCCUUUCAGGAAGACCACGCAGCUUGGCUACGACCAUACACACAAGGAGCUCUAUUCUUGGGACCGAGGUAAUCAGCUCACAUACCCAGUUCGCUACAACGAACUUCCAGGCCCGUGAGCUUUUUGACGAAUUUAUGUAUUUCAACAUAAUUUUAUAUUUUCUAUUAAAAUGAAACUUAUA